AUGGCUGAGAGUGGUGCGCAAGAGGCCACCUCGAAUCCUGAUUAUGGAAUUCCGGACCCCAAGCUUUACGCUUCGGAGCCAUCGAAUAAGUAUGAAACAGUGGUACCGGAGCGUGACAUCAAUCGACCCGGAACGCCGGAAAUGGUUUUCUUUUCGGGCGAGCAAAACGAGCACCAGAAAGUGACGUCUGGUUUGCAACGCAAAAUGGCCUAUAAAAAGUACGGCAAACCCAACAUGCUGGAAUUGCGUACCAAGUCGGUGGUGAAGGAAGGGCAGGUUGAGCUUACGCGGGAGCUGGCCUUCGACAAAACAGCGUUUAGCUUUCCGGCCUGGAAAAAGUGGACGAUUCUCUCAGUUAUUGCUAUGGUGCAGAUUAGCAUGAACUUUAAUACCUCCAUCUAUCCGAACGCCACGUCUAUGAUUCCCGACGAUCCUCGCUUCGAAGGUGUGAGUGAACAAGCAGCGCGUGCAAGUCAGAUGAUUUACCUUGUCGCCUAUGCGUUUGGUUCCGAGCUAUGGGCCCCUUGGAGUGAGGAACUUGGCCGGUGGCCGAUUCUUCAGGCCUCCAUGUUUCUGGUUAACAUAUUCCAGCUGUGGGCCGUCUUUGCCCCGAAUUACGAAAACUUACUUGCUGCACGGUUUUUCGGCGGUCUGAGCACCGCCGGUGGUAGUGUGACGUUGGGUGUGGUGGCUGACAUGUACGACUCAGACGACCAACAAUUUGCCAUUGCCUUUGUGGUGUUGUCUUCGGUCAUGGGUACAUCGGUUGGUCCGUUCAUUGGUGGCAUCGUGCAACAAGUGAUGCCAUACAACCCCCUGUAUUGGAUGUUCUGGUUGAUGCUCAUUUUUGGUGGUGCGACACAGCUGGUUCAUGCACUGCUCGUUCCGGAGACAUUGAAUACAGUCUUGCUGGAUCGGGAGGCUAGGCGGCUUCGCAAGGCAGGUCAAACGCAGUACUACGGUCCCAACGAGCUGCGUCCGAAUGGUUUCAGCAUGAAACAAAUCGGUAUUUACUGGUUGCGCCCCUUCUAUAUGUUUGUGACUGAGCCAAUUGUACUGUUUCUGUCAAUGCUCAGUGGAUUCUCAGAUGCCCUGAUUUUCAUCUUCCAAAUGUCAUUUGAUCUUGUAUUUGGACAAUGGUUCGGCACCAAUCACCUUAAGAUCGGACUUACGUUUUUAUCGAUCAGCAUUGGGUACAUUGUCUCAUACUUCUCCUUUUUCCCUACAAUCAUGCAUCAGCGCCAUAUGCGGCGUGCAGCACCUGAGAAGGUUACGCCUGAAUCUCGAUUGUGGUGGCUGCUGUUUCUGGCACCGUUGGAGACUAUUGGUUUGUUCGGUUUUGCGUGGACAUCGCUUGGUCCCCCCGAAGUCCAUUGGAUUGCACCUAUUAUUUUUGCCUUUCUCAUCGCUAUUGCUAACUACGCCAUUUACAUGGCUACCAUUGAUUAUAUGGUGGAGGCAUAUGGCAUGUACUCGGCUUCUGCGACAGGCGGUAAUGCGCUGGCGCGUGAUCUGCUCGCCGGUAUUUCAGCGAUGUUCGCUGUGCCCAUGUACGAGGGUAUGGGUAAGACAAACUCGUACGAAUGGGCUAGUACGCUAUUGGGCUUCAUUUCGAUCCUUGUGAUUGUUCCUAUUUUCGUAUUCUACUAUUAUGGUGAGGCCAUUAGGGGUCGCUCCAAAUUCUCCCAAGCUAUCAACGAGGGUAAGCGCACUCCAGGCCCGCCCGAACCGCCGGAGGAGGUGGGUGCUGAACAGAGGGAUGUGGAAAAGCAACAUUAA